AUGGUAGCGCUCAUCUCUCGGACGCUGUCGCUCGUCUCGGCAGCAGUCACGAUCUCAAGUGCGCUCGCGAUGGCCCCACCAUCGAAAACGCCGUUCGCAGCAAACGUCGCCCAGACGACUACUGUCAACUCGACCGCUCGACUGCAGGCGUUCGAGUACUGCAUGGACAGCUCGGCGCCCGACAAGACCAAAGACUCUGUCACGACGAACGUCAACUUGUUCGUCGAGCAGUCGCCGCUGUACGAAGACUUUGCCACGGGCCCCAAAGCCCGUAUCGCGCGGAGACCGCUCGGCGUGUACCUCGCCCAGAGCGAAGCCGACGUGGUCCGCGCGGUCAAGUGCUCCGUCAGCAACGGCCUCGCGCCCGUUCCCCGCAGCGGCGGCCACUCGUACGAAGUCCUCUCGUCCAUGGACGGCUCGCUGGUCAUCGACAUGGCCGACAUGGUCCAAGUCGCCAUCGUGGCGGAGAACCCACUCGAGCACUCGGCGCUCGUCACGGUGCAGACGGGGGCGCGACUGGGCUGGAUCCACACGGAGCUCGACCGCCUGGGUGGCGGCUACAGCUUAGUCGCUGGCACGUGCCCGACGGUGGGCAUUGGCGGCCACGUCUCUGGCGGGGGUUACGGCAUGAUCAGCCGCCACUUUGGCCUGGCAGCCGACCACACGGUCGCGAUGCGCGUGGUCCUGUACGACGGCUCCGUGGUCACAGCGUCCGCGACGGAGCACCCGGACCUGUUCUGGGCCCUGCGCGGCGGCGGCGCCGGCUCCUUCGGCAUCGUCACGCUCUUCACGCUCAAGGCCUACGCGCUGCCGCAGGUCUCCGUCUUCAACAUCCACUUCGACACCAGCGCGCGCGCCCAAGUCCUGCGCGCGUGGAUGGACUUUUUCCCCACGGCCGACUCGCGCGUCACGACGCAGCUCAACUUUGAGCGACAGGGCGCGCGCUUGACGGGCCACUUUUUGGGCACCAAGGCCGAGCUGGACGCGCUGCUGGACGCUUCGGGCCUCUUGACCCUCAGCGGCUUGACCGCGCAGGAGCGGCUGUCCAACUGCUCGCAGCUCGCGAUCAAAGCGUUCGCGUGGAAGUCCACGUGCGACGACCUGAGCUCGCUCAACGUCCCGCGCCACCUGACGGUCGCCGACAAGGACUACGGCAAGAUCAAGGCCGGCUACGCGACCGCCGUGCUGGACGACGCGGGCGUGCAGACGGUGAUCGAGUGGGCCGACCGCCUGCCCAGCUCCGCGCCGUCCGUGCUCAUCCAGUUCCAGGCCUACGGCGGCGUCUUUGCCACACAGGCGAACGACAUGACGCCGUGGGCCCACCGCAACGCCGUGUGGUCCGUGCAGGUCGUCGUCGGCGCGAAAAAGGGCGAGUCGGAAGACUCGGCGUCGUACCAGUGGAUCCGCGGCAUGCUCGGGGCGCUCGGCAAGUACUUGGACGGCGGCAACUACCAGAACUACUGCGACUUGGACCUGGGCGCGGAGUUUGGCACGCGGUACUGGGGCGCCGCCAACUUUGCCCAGCUGCGCCAGAUCAAGGCGCGCUACGACCCGCUGAACGUGUUCCACAGCGCCCAGUCGGUGCCGCUGCCGUGA